UCCUGCGCGGGGCCUUGUGGGUAGCUGGCCGGGUCCGGGCGACGGUGAUGGCGGGGGACGUGGGCGGGCGCCGCUGCCCGGACUCGGAGCUGCUGCUGCACCCGGAGUUGCUGUCCCGGGAGUUCCUGCUGCUCACGCUGGAGCAGAAGAACAUAGCUGUUGAAAGUGAUGUAAGAAUAAACAAAGACAAUCUUACUGAUCUGUAUGUUCAGCAUGCAAUACCAUUGCCUCAGAGAGAUUUGCCAAAGAAUAGAUGGGGGAAAAUGAUGGAAAAGAAAAGAGAGCGACAUGAGCCAAAAAACGAGACUAAAAGGAGUAGCACUGUAGACGUGUCAAAGAAAAGACCGCUCAUUGUGUUUGAUGGAAGUUCGACAAGCACAAGCAUAAAAGUGAGAAAGACAGAGAACGGGGAUAAUGAUCGACUCAAGCCUCCCUCUCAGGCAAGCUUUACCAGUAAUGCCUUUCGAAAAGUAUCCGGUUCCUCUUCAAGUGUGUCACCCCUAAUUCUGUCUUCCAAUUUGCCUAUGAACAAUAAAACGGAACACAAUAAUAAUGACACUAAACAGAACCAUGACUUAGCGCAUGGGAAAAGUCCUCUGGGCCCCGCGAAGCUGCCGCCUUUGUCCCCCGUGGGAACUACUCCAGUGAAGCUAAAGCGAGCUGCUCCGAAGGAAGAAGCCGAGGCCGUGGAUAACCUGAAGCCACCAGAAACAAAGAGGAAGAUACAACACGUUACAUGGCCAUGAAGGAAAGUUUCCAAAAAUGUAAAUAUAACUGUAGUUUUCAAACAGUUCACAUAUAUCGACAGUAUUUACAGAGAGCUUGAUUAUUUUGAAAAUUUUCUAAAGGUUUAAAAUUAGGUUAAAAAAAAAAAGUCUUUCCCUCCCUGCCUUUCUCCCUCCCUUUGAAAGAAAAAAAAAAUGCCUUUUAUUCUCUGAUUAGGAAAGAAUUUCUCUUUUUUUAAAAAAUAUGUUUUUAUUGAUUUUAGAGAGAGAGGGAGAGAAAAACAUCCAUGUAAGAGAGAAACAUCGAUCGGCUGCCUCCUCUGCAUGCCUCCUACUGGGGAUCAAGCCCGCAGCUGGGGCAUAUGCCCUGACCUGGAAUUGAACCAGCAACCUUUCUUUGCACGGGCCGAUGCCCAGCCAGCUGAGCCACACUAGCCAGGGCAGAAGGAAUUUCUUUGUGAAUGAAUGGCUUACUAUACGUUAUUUAUGUUGACCGUAGUCAAAUCAGGAAGCUACAAGUCUGGUGUACCAUAAAGCAUCUGAUGAAUUUUAGGAAUAAUUCUCAUUAAUCUGUUUCAAUCUUUGGAGAACUUGGAGAUUUUUUUAAAAAACUCACAUAUUUUAGAAGUUCACAAUUUUUCUUUUCCCAAGCAAAAGAAUAUAACAGUUCUCAGUAUUUUAGUAAAUACUGCCAGUUCAUCCUUGAGGUUCACUGAGAAAAGCAUAUUUGCAGUGCUGCCAAUACACUACUCAGAAUAUACAGAUAAAAUUGCUGUCCUCUAAGUGCUUGCGAUUGCUCCUUCCUUUGAAGUCAUAGCAGAAUUGUUUCUCGUGAGUUGACUGCUCAGUGUUGCCCCAGGUCCACCCUUCAGGAUAUCUUGUCACAAAGCAGUCCUACCUCCUCUUUUCAGCAGUCUAAUCUCACUCUGAGCUCGGGGAUCUCCCUCCAGGAGCUUAAUGAGGCCGACUUUAAAAAUCUCCAGGUGAAGUCAUCGUGUUAGAGGUGGUACCUGUUGGUAGAGAGUUCAGUGAACAGGAAGAGGAGGUAGAGUUGUAGAAUUUAGGAGAGUCUGGGAGUAUGGUGGUGAAGGGGGAAACUCGGUGUGACCCAGAUGGGCCAGCAGAGGAGGCACUGAAGUCGGAAGUGACAGCACGGAGGGUGCCAGUUGGCCGGGUCCCUGCUGGUGCAGCAUGGAGCGCUGUCCACAGGGCUGUCCCGCAGGCAUAUCUCUGGGUGUGUGCUAAGUGGUCUUGUUCCAGCUGCAUAAUUGAGUCAGUGAGCAAACAGGUUAUUCCUCACAUUCGUGAGUUCCAGUGUUCACUUUCCUGCCGUGUGUUUCUAACCAAGUGCGAGAAUUCUUGAUACUCUCUCCCUUGUAUGAUUGAUCUUCAAAUCAGGGUUUGCCUUUUCAGUACUUUUUACAACAGCCUCAUUCCUCUUUCUAUUUUUAAAACACAAGCAUUUGAAUUCAGCUAUUGAAUAGCCAUAGGAAGAAGUAGUUCCGCCGUGCAGGUGAACACUGUACUGAAACUUUAACCCUGUGGUUUCAGUCCUGCCUUCUCCAGACUGUGCAUCUGCUCGCAUGAGACAAAGUGGAUACAUACUGAGUUGCAUAAAUUGUUAAUGUUAGGGCAAAUUAUUAAGUACGCAGUUGUCUGCGGGGCUGAUGUAUUCCUAUGCAUAACUGUUAAGGGACAUUUUGAAAAGUGCAGAUUUUAGGGUAGAAUGACAAGUUAUAUUUAUUCAGUUGUUCCUUAUACUUUCAUCUGCAUUUCUCUCUUAGUUAAGAGAGAAUUCGCCAUUUGACAGUUUAAAGUCAGUAGAAACUUAUUUUUCGUUACUCAAAAAAUUAACUUUUAAUUUGUGUAUUUAACUUACAAAGUAGGUUGGUACUAACAGCUGAACUGUGUAACAUUGUUGCUUCAAAUUGAAGUUUAUAUUAUGGACAUUCAGAGUCAGCGCUCAUAUAGCAGCAUGUUCUUGACCUACUUUGAGUUUGAAAUGUGGAGGAGCUAAGCUGGGUACUGUGUGUCCCAUACACCAACAUCCUGGAGCGCUGUGCCUUCCCCCGGGCACAGACACAGCUAGUCCUCGGCGUCUCCACGUGCGCAGCGGCCUGCGGAGCCUGCCCCGGAGCCUGCCCUGCAGAGCCUGCCCUGCAUAGCCUGCCCGCAGAGCCUGCCCCGGAGCCUGCCCACAGAGCCUGCCCCGGAGCCUGCCCUGCAUAGCCUGCCCUGCAUAGCCUGCCCUGCAUAGCCUGCCCGCAGAGCCUGCCCCGGAGCCUGCCCCGGAGCCUGCCCUGGAGCCUGCCGCAGAGCCUGCCCCGGAGCCUGCCCUGCAUAGCCUGCCCCAGAGCCUGCCCUGCAUAGCCUGCCCUGGAGCCUGCCCUGCAUAGCCUGCCGCAGAGCCUGCCCGCAGAGCCUGCCCCAGAGCCUGCCCCAGAGCCUGCCCUGCAUAGCCUGCCCCGGAGCCUGCCCUGCAUAGCCUGCCCCGGAGCCUGCCCUGCAUAGCCUGCCGCAGAGCCUGCCCCGGAGCCUGCCCUGCAUAGCCUGCCCCGGAGCCUGCCCCGGAGCCUGCCCCGAGCCUGCCGAGGGAUGCAUGGGAAGCGGGCAGAGGCGUGGGGAGGCUGAUGGUUUGAAGUGUUGCUUUGGUGAGCUUUGAAGCUGAGAAGGACUUGAAUGGCUAAUCCUCUGUGCUCCCUAACACGGGUCACUGUUGUUGCUCUCGAUUCUAUAGUCCAAUAAAGCCAGUUUUUCUUCUUGUUGGGGUAGGAAAGCGAAUGGCAUUUGCGUAGAGAGUGGCUUCUGAGGUGGAGUCCAGGCACUGACCACUGCCUGCCCUUGCCAGGUGGUCUUGUUCUUUUCUUCCUCCCCCCCUUGGUUCCCUGUUUUCCUUGCUCAUGGCCUCGUUUCCCGCAUUUUCACUUUCUUUUGCCUUCAUCUCCCUCCUCUCUGUAGAGCCUAAGCUUCAGGCUUGGUCACAGCGUGGCCCUGCUCAUUCCCUGCGGUGGAGCUGGACUGACCCGUCCUCGUGCGGUGAGGUCGGGCGCUGCGAGGGCUCUGAGGGUGCUGGGGCCUCCGGGGCUGUCGGCUGCCGUUUUCCAGACGCUCCGCAGCCGGGCCCUCUGGGAAGCUGGUUCACCUUCUGCCAUGAGGCCAUAGUGCUUUUGCUAGAACUAAAGUUCCUCAGAAUUGUAACUAUUUUUUGAAGUAAUAUUUUGGUUGCUUAAGUUUUCAGAGACAAUUCUAAACUGAUCUAGAGACUCAUUCAGCAGCAGUGACCUUUUUUAAAACUUACAUUAAGUAAACUGCCAGUAGCUUAAAUCACAUGUAUGUCAGAGCCUCCUCUGUUCUCCACUGUGGGACUUCAGAUGUUUUUAAGUGUGCUCUUUAUUAAAUGCUUGUGCAGGUUUUGUAAUUCAGUACAGAAAGUUUUACCUUGUAAUGUACAUUUUUUUUGUAUGUAAAAAGUCUUUUAAGUAGCCUUAUCCUUAUUUAAAUAAACUGAAUAAAAUUAUUGAGUAGGUCUGUCGUUCGUAAAAAAAAUAAAAUGAAAAAAUACUCUGUAA